ACAAGCACACCAAAUACGAUCAGCAAUUGUGAGCAUCUCCAUGGAAAACUGGGAAUAUUCAUCACACAACAGAGGUACAUCUUUCGCCAAAAUAACUCAUCGAAAAAAGGAUUGUCACCACCAACCCUGGAAGAGCGUGAAACUCCAAGUCUGGAAUGCGAGUCAUCACAGGGCCAGGCUGCUAAUUCUGCUGGCAAGAGGCGACGAAGCCAGCUAUAUCAGUUCAGAAGCGACGAUCAGUCAUGGCUGUGUAACUUUGAUUUGAAUGGUGAUUGCCAUGAGCCUGGAAGCAAAUCUUUCAGCAUUAUAUCAG